GCCGACAUCAUCGCUGUGCUCGGGGCCGGUGAACACGCAGCGUUAGCCUGUAAGUCUGCUAGCCUGGAGGUUAGCGGUGAUGGUUUUUUCUACCUGUAGACACCUGUCAGAGACCCGAACAUGACGGACUACGCCGAGGAACAGAGGAACGAACUAGAAGCCAUCGAGUCCAUCUACCCCGACUCCUUCACAGUUCUUUCAGAUGAUCCCACCAGUUUCACAAUCACGGUGACUUCAGAUGCAGGAGAAAAUGGAGAGACUGUGGAAACGACACUAAAGUUCACGUAUGUAGAGAAAUAUCCAGACGAGGCUCCGCUGUGGGAGAUUCACUCCCAGGAAAACUUGGAGGACAGUGAUGUGGACGACAUCCUCACUUUACUGCAGCAGCAGGCGGAGGAGAACCUGGGCAUGGUGAUGAUCUUCACGCUGGUCACAGCCGUUCAGGAGAAACUCAAUGAAAUCGUGGACGUGAUGAAGAACAGACAAGAAGAAGAAAAACGGCGGAAAGAGAAAGAGGCAGAGGAAGCAGAGAAGAAAGCGUUCCAGGGCACCGUGGUCACUAUUGAGAACUUCCUGGCAUGGAAAGCCAAGUUUGAGCAGGAGAUGGUGGAGCUGAGGAGGAAACGACAGAAAGAGGAAGAGCAGGGCGGGAAAUCAAAACUCACUGGUAAACAGCUGUUCGAGACGGAUCACAACCUGGACACCUCAGACAUCCAGUUCCUUGAAGACGGUGGAAACAAUGUGGAAGUGGAUGAAUCGUUGUUCCAAGAGAUCGAGGACUUGGACCUGGACGAGGAUGACCCAGACUUUGACCCGUUAGAAAUGGGCAGUGAUGAGGACUAAACCAGGACCAGGACUGAUUGGACUGAAGUGGAAGCCUUUAAUCCAACUGCUGCUUUUAUUCUGAAAAGACUCUGUGCAGCUGGAGAGAGGAUGACAAAGACAACAACCAUGACUGUUCAUAUGUAUGUUUGAAGAGCUGAUGUUUGACCAGCAGGGGGCGCUACAGUCUCAGCUAACAAGUCCAAGGAAGACUAGAGUGUUCACAUACAUGAAAGCCAACAAAUGAAUAAAUCACUCUUUUACAGUCA